AUGCCUGCCCCUGAAGAAUCACAGGCUGUAAUGAGCCUUGGCCCUGGGUAUCUAGGGUUUGAUCACAUCUUGUGGUAUGUUGGAAACGCAAGACAAGCCGCAUCCUACUACAUUACUCGAUUCAACUUUAACCAGCUUGCCUAUCGAGGCCCGGAGACCGGCUCCCCUCAUAUCACAUCGUACGUUGUUGGAAACGGUGAAGUGCGUUUUAUUUUCACUGCUCCAGUGCACGCUCCAUCAGUGCUAGACAACAAACUGUCAGAUAGUGAAAGAACCGUCUUGAAAGAGAUCCAUGAACACCUCACUAAGCAUGGUGAUGGUGUCAAGGACAUUGCUUUUCGCGUCAAUAGUGAUGUCCGUGAGAUUUGGAAUAAGGCCGUGAAACACGGAGCUCAUCCCAUUAGAUCACCAACCACUAUUCAGUCGAAACAUCCAUUUACUGGGCAUAUUCAGUUGGCAACUAUAGGUACUUAUGGAGAUACAACCCACAGUUUCAUUAAUCGGGAAAAGUAUACAGGGCCAUUUUUGCCUGGCUAUUCUGUUGUGAACGAUCAAGACCCUAUCAAUUGUCAUCUUCCCGCCAUUGAUUUCAUUGAAAUCGACCAUUGUGUAGGAAAUCAGCCUUGGGGAGGGUUGGAAAAAGCUGUCACCUUCUACGAGAACUGCCUUGACUUCCACCGAUACUGGACUGUUGAUGACAAUGCCAUGUGCUCUGAAUAUUCAGCGAUGCGCUCAAUUGUCAUUGCUUCGCCAAAUGAUAUCGUGAAAAUGCCUCUUAAUGAACCCGCUAUGGGCAAAAAGAAAUCUCAAAUUGAGGAAUUCGUUGAUUACUAUAAUGGAUCGGGUGUGCAGCAUAUUGCUUUCCGCACAAAUGACAUAAUUUCUGCGGUUAGCCACCUUCGCAAACGUGGUGUACAGUUCCUGAGUGCCCCUGAUACCUAUUAUAACGCUAUGAGAUGCCGACUUAAGGACGCGAACGUGGUCUUAGACGAAAGCAUCGAUUUACUUCAGAAGCUCAACAUCCUCGUUGAUUUUGACCAGGGAGGUUACCUACUGCAGAUUUUCACUAAACAUGUUUUAGAUCGACCAACGGUGUUUUUGGAGGUUAUCCAACGGAACAACUUUGAUGGGUUCGGGGCUGGCAAUUUCAAGGCUCUGUUUGAGGCCUUUGAGAAAGAGCAAGAGCUGAGAGGAAACCUUUAG